CAAAAUCUGAUUCCAUGGCUGCGCAGUUUUAUCUAUGAAGUUUAUCACCUACAACGUCUAACCGUACAAGGGGAAAGCACAAGUUUUGGGGACGACGACUCCUUAUCGAAGACAUAUCGAAGUAUAAUGGAUCAAGUUGAUGAUGUUGAUGUGAACUCAACUGUGAACUCAACUCCAUUCUUGAGCACUUCCUUUUCUUCUAAACAAUGGAUUCCAGCUUGCCCUCCUGAUUGUAAACAUGCUGUUGGUAUUAGCGCUUCAUCAGAAUAUAGCAUUCAUCCUCCAAACAUUUCUGUCAAUAAAGGCAGAAAAAAAAGAAUGAUGAGCAAGCGUGAAGAAGCUAUACUUAAAAAGAGGUCAAGUAAUGUGGGCAAAAGUGAUGCUUAUGCAACAGAGGAUCAAGUCAAGAAGCCAAGAACAUGUAAAUCUUGUGGUGAAGUCGGUUUCCAUGAUAGUAGAAACUGCCCUAAUAAAGAAUGUGACACUUCUUCAAGUUCUUGAUACAUUGGAUUCAUAUACACUUUGUUUGCUGCCUCUUGUAGUCUUUCCAAUUGUUGAUGAAGUGGACUCUUCUCCAGUUGCUGCCUCUUGGUGCUUUAGUUGAUUGUGGCUUCAGUUUUUUCAUUUUGCCAAGUUUUUGAUUUAGCAUGAAGACUAUUUUUGUGAAGACAGUUUUCUUUUGAUUUGUUACUGCGUGAAGCCAGUUUGUACACUUUUUUAAAUUGAUAGCAUGUGAAUCAUACUUUUAGUGUCACUUUUAGUAAUUAUUUGAUUAAGAACUACAAAUUGUGUGUGAGAUUCUUGAUGAAUUUGUCCAAGUUCUCUAGAGCUUGGCAGAAUAUUGAGUAAUGUAUUGCAGCAUUGAUUUGGU